AAAAUGAAGAUAGUCGUAGUACUUUGAAUGAUAUUAAUAUAUCUUUUUUGACUAAUGUUGUUAUGUUUUCAUCUCACUUGAUCAUUCGAGUGUUAUAACUGGAAAGUGAUUCGCUCAUCUUGCUGUCCUACAAAUGAUAUAAAUCUAUGUGACAGACAUUACGCUUUAUUUUUCUAUUUACUAAUGUUAAAAAUUAAGUUUUGGUAAAUUGAAAAAAAAAUAUCGGAGUCGAACUUGUAACUGACUCCGACGGAGUCGGAAUAGGGUUUCGGAGUCCUCCGCAGGUCUCUAAUGAGCAUUCAGAAAAUCUAUGUAACAUCCUUAAAUCUCAUUAUAUAGUCAAUAAACUGUUGCAUAUUCCAGAGUAGAAAUUUUGUUCUAUCUAACGAGCUAUAAAUCACAUAAUUUGAUAAAUUUGACCGAAAUUGGCUUUCUCUGAUGCGUGAUUUUUGCUUCUCUUCGUUAGGACAAAAAUUUCAAAUCGUCAAAACAAAAACAAAAAACAUAAUAAUUUGAUUUUCAAAUACAUUUAUAGUUCAUUUUUGUAUUUAAUUAUUUCAGGUUGAUAUUGAUGUAACACGUGCAAUGGUUGCAUGUCAAAAAUAUAAUUUUAAAGGUGGUGUUAUUUGUUUAUAUGAUAAAGCAAAAUUAUAUCAACAAAUAUUACAAUAUCAAAUGGAUAAUAAAGAUAAUGAUGAAAUAGUUGCUACAUGUCGUAAAUAUGGUGAUGAAGAUCCACAAUUAUGGAUUCAAGCAUUGAGUUAUUUUUCAAAAUUAAAAAGUGCUGAUGGAUGUCGAAAAGAAAUUCAACAAAUAUUAAAAUAUAUCGAUGAGAAUGAUCUAUUAUCACCAUUACUUGUUAUUCAAACAUUGAGUAAUAAUGAAUCAACUAGUCUUGAUUUACUUAAAGAUUAUCUAAUUCGAAAACUUCGUAGUGAACAAACUCAAAUAGAAAAAGAUCAAACAGAAAUUCGUCGAUUUCGUCAAGAAACUGGAGAUAUUAUUAAAAAAAUUAAAACUCUUGAAACUGGUCCAACACUUUGUCAAGAUCCAAAAUGUAGUGCAUGUAAAAUGGAUUUAGAUCUUCCAUGUAUACAUUUUUUCUGUGAACAUUCAUUCCAUGAACAUUGUGCUUAUGCUAUCGAAUCAGCAACAUCAUCAGAAAUUAUAUAUGAAUGUCCAUUAUGUUCGGGUGAUAAUCGGUAAAUAGAACGAUAGAAUAGUUCGAGUUACAAACAGAUUUUUUUUCAACUAAAUUAAAUAACUUAUGAGAUUAAAAUGUUAGGCAAUUGAGACAAGCUAAGUUUUUGAAAAAAGCCUAAUUAAAAGGAAUUUAGUAGAUUUUAUAUUUUGACGACAUAUGAGAGUAACUAUUUUGGGCUUUCGAUUGUAUCAUGAGAAGCAUUUUUCUUUUCUAAUACAUGUAUUAUAUACGAGAAGGUAACAGUCACAAUAUAUGCUUACAAAAAAAUAGCAAUAUUAUGCGUCGAUUAGAAUUGUGAUUGCAUAUAACGCUACGUUAUUGUCUUUGAAGAUAGUUGGAAUCCAGUUAUUUUGUCUUUAACUCAACUGACGUAGAAAUAAUCUUGUUUUUAAACUGUUAGUAGAACAUGAGCUUUUCGACACAAUAGAAAAAAAAAUUAAUAUGCUU